GCGAUGGCGAACGCGAGCUCGGAUUACGCGGAUCGCCGGUGGAACCAAACUGGAACGGCGAACGAGGGAAAUCCAGAAUCCGAGUUCCUGCCAGACUGGACCGACGUGCUGUUGGCAGCAUUGUUCUGCCUCCUCAUCGUUGUCACGAUUGUCGGCAACACUUUGGUGAUCGCAGCCGUAAUUACGACCCGGCGAUUGCGUUCGGUGACCAACUGCUUCGUGUCCAGCUUGGCAGCUGCGGAUCUGCUCGUCGGCCUGGCAGUGAUGCCUCCGGCCGUGCUGCUCCAGCUAAACGGAGGGACCUGGGAGCUGGGCGAGGUCCUCUGCGACUCCUGGGUGUCCCUGGACGUCCUUCUCUGCACAGCCAGCAUCCUCUCCCUGUGCGCCAUCUCCAUAGACAGGUAUCUGGCGGUUACGCAGCCGCUCGUCUACAGCAGAAGACGCAGGAGCAAAAGACUGGCCGGACUGAUGAUCAUCGCCGUCUGGGUCAUGGCCGGAGCCAUCACCAGCCCUCCACUCCUGGGCUGCUUCCCCAGAGCCACCAACAGGGACAGCAGCAAGUGUUCCUAUAACAUGGACUCCUCUUACGUGAUAUUCUCCGCCAUGGGAUCCUUCUUCCUCCCGAUGCUAGUCAUGUUGUACGUGUACGCAAGGAUCUCGUGCGUCAUCGCCGGGAGACACCGCCACUUGGAGACCAACGAGUCGGAGCCCUCCCACAAACGGCGCAAUUUUCUCGUGGAGAGGACCAAGAGUCUGCGGUCGAAACGAGCAGAUAGCCCAGCAGCAUCCGAGAGCGGAGGCAAUGCAUCCUACGAACGCUCCGGGGGAGAGGCCACUGGGGAAGGAGCCAGCACCUGCAAGAGGCUGGGAUUGAGGGCUCAGCAACAAAGCUGCAUCAACAGGGUAGCCAGAGAGACCAAGACGGCUGGGACGCUGGCAGUCGUGGUCGGCGGUUUCGUGGCCUGCUGGUUGCCGUUCUUCAUCCUCUACCUGGCCACGCCGUUCGUUCCCAUGGCUCCGCCGGAUGCCCUGAUGCCGGCGCUCACGUGGCUAGGAUGGAUCAAUUCGGCGAUCAACCCCUUCAUCUACGCUUUCUACUCCGCCGACUUCCGGUUGGCCUUCUGGAGGCUGACGUGCCGGAAGUGCUGCAAGGACCGCGCGGCCCUGAACCAGGCCGAGCCGAAGAGCCAGGUGCCGACCAACUGGAGAAAGGAGACGUCCAGGACGUGAAGUCUCGCCUGGUCCCGGAGGAGAAGCUGACAUCGGCGAUCUCCAGGCGUCCCAGGACAC